CAAGGCUGCAUCAAAUAGGUAACCGGAUUCUGUAACCGCUUCUAACGCCCAAUUUCGAAACAGGCGGUGGAUUUAUUACGCGGGGUUCGUAACCGUCGUCCCCACGCAUUCCACUAUAAGUUCCAUACGAAACCCUAGAACGGCAAAUCGGAGCCGCCGAAGAAUCGAAAUCGACGGACAAAUGGCCACGGCAAGCUUGUACCGCCGGACGCUACCGUCCCCUCCCGCCAUUGAUUUCGCUUCUUCUGAAGGAAAGCAACUCUUUUUAGAAGCCGUUCAAAGUGGUACUAUGGAAGGCUUUUUCAAGCUGAUCUCUUACUUUCAGACACAAUCAGAGCCUGCUUACUGUGGGCUAGCCAGCCUUGCCAUGGUACUGAAUGCCCUUGCUAUUGACCCGGGAAGAAAAUGGAAAGGGCCCUGGAGAUGGUUUGAUGAAUCUAUGUUGGAUUGUUGUGAGCCUUUGGAAAAGGUUAAAGCUACAGGCAUCUCAUUUGGAAAGCUUGUAUGCUUGGCUCACUGUUCUGGAGCAAAAGUUGAAGCUUUCCGCGCAAGUCAAAGCACUGUUGAUGAUUUUCGUAAGUAUGUCAUCUCUUGUUCCACUUUGGAUGGUUGUCAUGUGAUUUCCUCGUAUCAUAGAGGGACUUUUAAGCAGACAGGAGCGGGUCACUUUUCACCUAUUGGUGGUUACCAUGCUGGAAAGGACAUGGCAUUGAUUUUGGAUGUUGCACGAUUUAAGUAUCCUCCUCAUUGGGUUCCACUCACACUCCUUUGGGAAGCCAUGAAUACUAUUGAUGGAGAUAGUGGCCUACCUAGGGGGUUCAUGCUAAUCUCUAGGCUUGAUAGGGCCCCGGCACUGCUCUUUACCCUGAGCUGUAAACAUGAGAGUUGGAUGAGCAUUGCAAAGUACUUUGUGGCUGAUGUCCCUUGCUUAUUGAAAUCAGAGGAUGUGAAAGAUAUUAAGAAUGUACUCUCUGUUAUUUUGUCAUCUCUCCCCACACAUUUUAGGGAGUUCAUCAAUUGGGUUGUAGAAGUGUGGAGACGAGAGGAGGAUGACGAUCAAAAUCUUAGCCAAGAAGAGAAAGGAAGACUUGCCAUCAAGGAAGAGGAGUUGAAACAAAUGCAGGAGAUUAGCCUUCAUAAGCACGUGCAAGAUUUUUUAUCUUCUGAGAAAUCAUGUCUCAAAACCAUUUUUACGAGGACAGAAAAUGAAGAUUAUUUGCCCGAAAUUGCAGCUGAUGUCUGCCAGGGAGCAGGGCUCUUGUCUGGGAUUUCAGGCUCAUCACAGUUUUCCUGUUGCCAGGAAACAAAUGUCAAAUACUUUAAUGUCAAUGGUGUCAAACCUGUUACAAUGGUGUCGGGGACAGUGGUGAAUGGUAGUGGCCAGCAAGGGGUCGAUGUGUUUGUUCCUUCUUCUCAAUCAGAGCUGAGUUGCUGUGGUAGUGGCCCAACUUGUGAUGUUGGGGUGUACAGUCUUUUGACUGCUCUUUUAUUGGCGUUGCCUCCAGAAACAUGGUCUGGUAUCAAAGAGGAGAAGCUUUUGCAGGAAGUACGUAGUCUUGUCUCAACUGAAAAUCUUCCUACGCUGCUUCAAGAGGAGGUAUUGCACUUGCGAGGUCAACUCCAGCUUCUCAAGAGAUGCGUAGAGAAUAAGGCUGCCUCACUGGGAGAGACAAGGCUGAUAGAGGUGCGUUGUCAAGCCCUGCUGUCCAUUUUCUACAGCUCCUAUGUGGCUAAUAUAUGGUGAAGUUUUCUUCACGCACGGUAUACCUUCAUAUUCUUCUAAUUCAUUGGUUUGAUCUAGGAAAAAAUGGGAGAAGUAUUGCUUGAAGAAUACAAAUGGAUGCAAAUGAUCUUUUGCUUUUGUGGUUUUGUCAAAUGAUCACGUGGUUAAGUUUUCGGCAAUGUUUUCCCUCUUUUUCUCGCUUU